AUGAUUUCACGACUCAUCGAAGGAGCAGGGGAUCCAUUUGAUGGCGGACUGAGGGCAGCUAUCCAACUUCUUAGGAUAUGCUGGCUUGACGAUCAAGCCGGAGCUUCGUCGCCGUCUCUGUCCUCUGCUAGCGGUGGUGGUGGUGGUAGUGGAAAUGCGUCAUUCAGACAGAGUAUCCUCUCUGGGAAGCCACCAAAACCAGUCGUUGAUAAGCGAGUGGUAGAUGCCGGAAACGAGGAGCUACGCGUGCAAAUUAGCACUUUGCGAUAUGAGCUAGACAAUUUGAAACAGGAGCGUGAUCUUACAGCUCUUCACCAUGAGAAGGGACUUCGCGAAUUACAAAUUAGAGCGGAUGCUGACUUUAGAAGGGCACAGGAAUCUACGAUCAAUGAGAAGGCAGCUUUUGAUAAACAAAUACGAAGUUUGGAGGAUCAUAACCGGUCGCUCCAGGAAGAGAUCGCUGAUGCCCAAUCCCAGCUGUCGGACCAGGAACGGCAAUUUAAGCAUCAGAUUAAUGAAUUGGACGCAAUUCGAUCAUCGCUUCAGAAAACCCUUGACGAAGUUCAGACCGACCUUCACCGGACGAAAGAAAGCCUGCAGAUCGUUCAGGAUAAAUUAACUCAAAGGGAAGCCGAUGCUGGGGCUCUCGAAAGUGAGAAUAUAAGGUUAAAAUCUGAAGGAGCUGAUUCGGAGACUCUCAAUGUUCUAAAACGCGAACUUUCGGAGCAAUUAGCCUAUGUCAAGCGUUUGGAAGCCGAAUUACGGCCACUACGGAAAUCACAUAAAAAUGUUGAGGUAGUGGAGGAACAGAAAAAGGCACUUGAGAACCGGUUGCAUCUAAUGGAAGAGGUGGAGGUGGAGCUUAGGAACGUGCAAAUCCAAAAUCAAGUUUUGGAGGAUGAACGGAGGUCUUGGACCAAUUUGCUACAGCCGGACGGCCAAGAUCCUGAAUUCGAGUCCCCGGAAGAGGUUGCACGAGCUCUUGUCCAAGCGCGCAUUGAAAAUGCAUCGCUGCUUAAUAAAGUGGGCACUAUUCAAACCGAGGUAGCCGAAAAGGCUGAGUUGGUACAAAACCUGGAAACGGAGAAAUCGAAUCUUCAAAAAGAGAUCGCAAAACUACGUGCAGGUGGCUCCGUUGGAAAUAGCUUUGAUUCUCGUGCGAAGACUCGAUUAGAACGCCAACGCACACUAGCAAUGAGAGAAGUGGAAUAUCUCCGUGCACAGCUAAAAACUUUCGACAAAGAAGAAACCACGAUGAACCCGGACGAGUCCAACUUGGAUCAGCAAAAGUCUGACCACAUAGCUCACCUUGAAAACCUCCUCAGCGAGCAUCGUGAAGAACUUCAUAAGCUCCAUGAAGAGCUAUCAAAACAAGAAAAGUCACCCGCAGAGGAUCCCAAUGCUCCACGCGGAACUAAACGCCCUCUGUCGCCAGCGGAUAGUGACGCAGAAAAUGAGAGGCUCGCUGUACUCACCCGGAAAAACCGCACUCUGCAAGACAGCCUUUCAAAAGCCGAACAAUCAAUAGAAUUACGCACACGCGAACUCGAGGCUGUGAAAUCCCACCUAUCCACUCUCCAAGCCCAAUCCCGAACACGCAUCCUUGAACUCCGCUCCAACCCCACUGCAGAAGCUGAGAAAGUCAAACUGUCCACUCUUGCGGUCCUCCGCGCGGAGAAUCGCGACCUUCUGACUCAGCUGCGCAACGAGCGCUCGAACGUCAAAGUGGUACCCGUCUCCACCCUCGAGAGCAAAGAGCUGGAGCUCCGCGAGAUGGAGAAGACCGUUGCGGAAAAGGAGAAACGUAUGCGACGCUUAAAGGAGAUAUGGACUGCAAAAUCGUCCGAAUUCCGGGAAGCCGUGGCGUCAGUUCUUGGGUACAAGCUUGACUUUUUGCCCAAUGGCCGCGUCCGCGUGACAUCUAUGUUCCAUCUGUCUCCAGCCUACAGACACGGAGAUCGUGAUGCAUCUCCCGAUGCGCGGGGCCCUGGGAGCAUGGGUGAUGGAGAGGAGAAUUCCAUAAUCUUUGAUGGCGAAAAUGGCACGAUGAAGAUCUCGGGUGGUCCGAACAGUCUAUUUGCUAUGGAGAUUCGGAAUCUGAUCAAGUUUUGGGUGGAGGAGCGGAAGGAUAUCCCUUGUUUCCUGGCGGCCAUGACGCUUGACUUUUAUGACAAGACGACGAGGGCUGCGAGAGUGUGA